UGGACCGCAGCGCCGCCGGAAGGGGGACGCUGGUUCGGGUGCACACUUCCGCUUUCUUUUGCUCGCCGAGGUCUCAGCCUCUCGGAGAGCUGCUCCCGCCUUGUCCUCUGCGACGGGCCUGGGCCGGGGCUUCCCUUCCGCUGUCUGUAUGGCCGCCUCCGUGAACUUUAAAACUUAUGUGGAUCAGACUUGUAGAGCUGCUGAAGAGUUUGUCAACAUUUACUAUGAAACAAUGGAUAAAAGAAGAAGGGUGUUGGCUAGACUCUAUUUGGACAAAGCAACAUUAAUUUGGAAUGGUAAUGCAGUGUCUGGACAAGAAGCACUGAAAGAAUUUUUUGAAAUGUUGCCAUCUAGUGAAUUCCAGGUUAAUAUGUUAGACUGCCAACCUGUUCAUGAGCAAGCUACUCAAAGCCAGACAACAGUCCUUGUAGUGACAUGUGGGAAAGUAAAAUUCGAUGGCAACAAGCAACGUUACUUCACCCAGAAUUUCUUACUGACAGCACAAGCUACACCUACCAGCACAGUGUGGAAGAUUGCAAGUGACUGCUUCCGCUUCCAGGAUUGGGCCAGUUAAUGGGGACUGAGAGCUGAUUACUUUCCCUCUUCUUAGCUCUCUGGACAGUCAUUCUCUAAACGUGGAAGACCUUUAUCCCUUCUCCUAGUGUGCCGUUCGUUCCAGAAGUACUGUAGAUCUGUGUUGUGCUAGUCCUGGAGGCCCUGGACUUAAUGACAUGUAUUUUUGAAAUGGAAGAAGUUUGCUCGAAUUACUUGGGCCCCUGUGAAAUAUUUAAGGCAGUGAGCCAGAGGGCAUAACUGUUCCUGAAGUUUGUGUUAGUGAUUCUCUCAUGUAAUGUUGAAAUCAUUCCUGUAAAAGCCUUACAUACAACUAUCCUGCUGCUUCAGGAACUUUUUCAAUAUAUUGAAUGCUAAAAUCUCCACUACUUGGACACUGAAUCCAUUCAUACAGAUGUGCAAUCAUUUCAGCUUAGAAACACCAUCUUUGAAGCAGACACUCACGACAGUGAGAAAUGGAGUUACUUGCUCGUAUAUGAAACUCAGAACUGCUUAUUUUGAGCCUUGAGCUUGAUCUGGCAACCAUUAGAAUUCUUUUUUCCAAUAAGAGUGGCCACAUCAAAGUAACUUCUCAUAUAAUAGAUGAGAGAGAUCCCACUUGGAGUUGUAGUAUUACCAAUGAAUUGCAUGGCUUGGGGGAUGGGGGAAUAAAGGGAUUGGCAAAUACA